GUUGGAAGCCCGGAAGGGAGGCGAUUUAAAAACUCGUGCACGGGGCAGGCCACGCUGUCCUGUUGCAGUGCCCCCGCCUGCGAGUCAGAGCCUCGGGGAGACAAGAGCACGACGGGACGAAGAGGAAAGGCAAGGAACAAGGGUGCCGACUUUGACUGAAAUCUGAGACAGAGGGCAGGGGAGGGCGAUCGUUCGCUUCUGAUUGGCUCGUGGGCAUCAUCGAGGACCCACGCAACCGCUUCGAUUGGUUGGUGCCCUCAAUUGUUGUGGCGGCGGCGAAGAUUUUGCCCACGUACUUCCGAGCGAGAGGCGGGGCUGAGCCCCGGCGCGCCUGCGCAACGCCCCGGGCCCCACCCGGUAGUUCAAGAACCUGCGAGGGGGCGGGGCGAAGAGGUGCUUGUUUUGGUUCUGUUUCCUUUGAAGCCGAAGGCCGGAACGAGCAUAGCAAUAAACUUGCUGGGCUUGGAGAGAAGGCUACGACAAGCUCGCCGCGGUGCCUUCAUCUUGGACUUCACAUCCGGGUUCUCCGGCCGCGUGACCCGCGCGCCGCCGACGUUCGAAAACCGGUGCCUCGAUCUCUUUAUCCGGGGCCCGGCGAUCCCGUCGUGCUUCGCGCACCACUGUAGCCCCCCUCAUCCGGGUCCUCUCCCGGCGUGCCCCGCGCCGAGUUUGGUGGGGGGUACUCGGCGGUGCCGCCAUGACUAUUCUCCCCAAAAAGAAACCACCGCCUCCCGACGCCGACCCCGCCAACGAGCCGCCGCCGCCCGGGCCGCUGCCCCCGGCGCCUCGCCGCGGCGGGGGUGUAGGCGUGGGCGGCGGCGGCACGGGUGUGGGUGGCAGCGAUCGUGACCGUGACUCGGGAGUCGGCACCCGUCCUCGAGCCUCGCCACCGCCUCAGGGCCCGCUCCCGGGGCCACCGGGUGCCCUCCAUCGCUGGGCGCUGGCCGUGCAGCCUGGCGCCGUGGCGGGACCCCGGCCACAGCAGGCCUCUCCUCCUCCUUGCGGGGGCCCCGGCGGUCCCGGCGGCGGUCCCGGUGACGCGUUGGGUGCUACAGCAACGGGCGUGGGCGCGGCGGGCGUGGUGGUGGGCGUGGGCAGUGCCGUGGGCGUGGGCGGCUGCUGCUCUGGGCCGGGUCACAGCAAGCGGCGGCGUCAAGCCCCUGGGGUUGGCGCGGUUGGCGGGGCCAGUCCUGAGCGGGAGGAGGUCGGCGCAGGUUACAACAGUGAGGAUGAGUAUGAAGCGGCUGCAGCGCGCAUCGAGGCCAUGGACCCCGCCACCGUCGAGCAGAAACGAGGAGUCCCAGGAACAGAGAGAAAGUCAUGUGCUGCCAUGCAGGAGCACUGGUUUGAAAAGGCCCUGCGAGACAAGAAGGGCUUCAUCAUCAAGCAGAUGAAGGAGGACGGCGCCUGUCUCUUCCGGGCUGUAGCUGACCAGGUGUAUGGAGACCAGGACAUGCAUGAGGUUGUGCGAAAGCACUGCAUGGACUAUCUGAUGAAGAAUGCCGACUACUUCUCUAACUAUGUCACAGAGGACUUUACCACCUACAUCAACCGGAAGCGGAAAAACAACUGCCAUGGCAACCACAUUGAGAUGCAGGCCAUGGCAGAGAUGUACAACCGGCCCGUGGAGGUGUACCAGUACAGCACAGAACCCAUCAACACAUUCCAUGGGAUCCAUCAAAAUGAGGAUGAACCCAUCCGUGUCAGCUACCAUCGGAAUAUCCACUACAAUUCAGUGGUGAAUCCUAACAAGGCCACCAUUGGCGUGGGGCUGGGCCUGCCAUCAUUCAAACCGGGGUUUGCAGAGCAGUCCCUGAUGAAGAAUGCCAUAAAAACAUCGGAGGAGUCGUGGAUUGAACAGCAGAUGCUGGAAGACAAGAAGCGGGCCACAGACUGGGAGGCCACAAAUGAGGCCAUUGAGGAGCAGGUGGCUCGGGAGUCCUACCUGCAGUGGCUGAGGGAUCAGGAGAAACAGGCUCGCCAAGUCCGUGGCCCCAGCCAGCCCCGGAAAGCCAGCGCCACGUGCAGCUCUGCCACAGCAGCAGCCUCCAGUGGUCUGGAGGAGUGGACCAGCCGGUCCCCAAGGCAGCGGAGUUCAGCCUCGUCACCCGAGCACCCUGAGCUGCAUGCCGAGCUGGGCAUCAAGCCUCCUUCCCCAGGCACUGUCUUAGCUCUUGCCAAACCUCCUUCACCCUGUGCACCAGGUACGAGCAGCCAGUUUUCGACAGGGGCCGACCGGGCUACUUCUCCCCUCGUGUCCCUCUACCCUACUCUGGAGUGCCGGGCCCUCAUUCAGCAGAUGUCCCCCUCUGCCUUUGCAGGCCUGAACGACUGGGAUGAUGAUGAGAUCCUAGCGUCGGUGCUGGCAGUGUCCCAACAGGAAUACCUAGACAGUAUGAAGAAAAACAAAGUGCACAGAGACCCACCCCCAGACAAGAGUUGAUGGAGACCCAGAGACUGGAGACCAUCUCCCAACCCCCACACUCCUGCCCUCUGGUGCCACCCCACCUUCUUUGGCUUUCUUCCCUCUUGCCUUCUUCCUUCUUCCCUCUCUCCCCUCCUUUCACUCCUCCCCACUUCCCUCCGGCUAGCCCACCCUGCGCGCCCUCUCAUCGCUGCCACCACCAUCAUCACCUGUCUCUUCGCCAGCUGAUGUGCCCUGUUGCCCCCUGCACAGCACCAUCCCUGCAUUCCACAGGGGACUCGGGCAAGGGUGCUGAAGGUAGGCGAGAGGCACACAGAGACAAACCAACUGGCAGCCAGGCAGCCCCUGAGGAGAGACAUUCAGACAGAGGAAAGUCUCCUUGUCCCCGAUUCCUUCCAAGAUCAGAAACUUGUCACCCCACCACAAAUGAUGCCGGGGAGGUGGGAGGAAGAAGUGGGAAAAUCCCCUUCCCAGUACCCCAAGAAUGUCUGAGCCUUCAAUGUUGAACUUUUUCUUUAUUAAAACGUUACUUUUAUCUUAUAAAAUCAACCAAUCAAAAAGUGAUGUAGACAACAGCACUGGCUCUAUGAAAGUGGCAUCUCUCUGGUUUGGGGGCAGGCAGGCCACGGGGCACGAAGAUGUGAUUGAUGUCCCUGGCCUCCAGCUCUGUGGAGGCGGGCAGGGUCUAGUGUGAGCCAGGGUGGGGUGGGAGGGCAAGGGGGGGCAGGUGUCAAGUGGGCUUUGGACAAUGAGACUCUGACCUUGCUGCAUUCCUUAUGCUUCCACCACCACCACCAGUCAUUUUGGAAUCUCGGGGUGGGGGGCACCUUUGAGGAUCAUGGCCACCGCCCAGGAUUUGAGUGUGGGGGGUGGGAGCAGCCUUGGCAGAUGGGGCACCCAUGCCCUGCAGGUGUCAGCAAGAUCCGCCAUCUGUAAUGUCCUUGGCACAAUAAAACCAAAUGUCAGUUUCCCCUGAGCGCCUCUGUUCUGUGUGGGACGGGGUGGGUGAGCCUCUGAUCAGAGGCGGUGAUGGCACAGACCUUGGCUUGACCUCUAAGGGCCGUAUGCUCUCCCUUGGGGUCUCUCUGGGGGCCCAGAGUUUGUUCAUAUUUGAUUCACUGGUUACUAAACCAGCUUUUGGACCUGUUACCACCAAGAAAGCUCUGUCUUUGCCCAUCGUCCUUGCCUCACUAUUGGCACAGGAUGUAGCCUGCCCACUCUAUUUCCUGGAGUGUGAUGGGAGCAGAGAACUGUGAGCUUAAAGGCAGGGACUGAACUUCCAACUUCUCUGCCUGCCUCUCGCCCCAAUAUGUUUGCUCUUUCCUUGUGAUUGUUUGAUUAGGAAAUGCUUUGGUCAGCCACAACGGUUGCUUCAUAGCAACAUGAGUUUAGUGGAAGCGACCAGAGGGGAACCUCCCCACACUUGGUUUUAGAAACCGAGGAAUAGCUAAACCUUUUUUUGUUCAUGUUCCCCAGUUCUCUGGACACUUCUGUCCUUGCCCUUCCUAGACUAGGUGAAGCCAAGGCAGAGAAGGAUGGCUGGCCCUCAGGUUUUGUCAGUUGUCUUUGAUGUCCCUCAAUAAUGGGGUUCUUGUGGAAGGAUGUGUGUCCAGUUCUGCAGGUGAGGGUAUGGCUGUCUGCAGGGUGUCUCUGUGGAAUCCACUGGUUAAGCACAUGUGUGGAGAGUUGGUUUGAAACCUCGGCUUUUUCUAACUAUGUGGCCUUGGUCAAAUCACAGGCUCUCUGAGUUUCAAGUGUCCCAUGUGUGGGACAGGGGUGAUUAAUGUCUACUACCUCAUGCUCUCUCUGGUUGUGAGCAUUGAGAGAGUGUAUAUGGUCAACAUAAUGUACGACGGCGCAGUGCCUGCCACGUUCUGAGAGCUCAAAUGUUAGCAGGUAUUAUUUAUUAUCCUAAUGUUGAAAUUUCUGCACCAUUUGGCCCCUGCCUACUUCAUCUUGCCGCUCUGUCCAGUUUUCCUUGGCCUCUGCCUGGAAUUUGCCUUUCCUCUGUCCCAAGCCUCCAACCUUGUCUUUCAAGAUGGGUAGAGGGUCUCCUGAGAAGUCCUGUGUGACCCUGUCCACAUUCUCACCUCUAUCUACAAAUAUGUCUUUACUCCUUUCCCAGUAACUGUACUGUCAACUUCCUGGGCAAGGGCUAUGAUGCCUGACUUAUCUGUGUAUCUCUUAAUAUCUGCACCCCCUCUAGGGCCUUGCAGGCUUAAGUAGACCCCUAAUAAAUGUUGGAUGAAUAAGGGA